AACGUAACGGACUGUCGGAAUUAGGAAGGUAGAAGAUUUACUACCCUAUAUUUGCCCUCCGUAAAUAAUCAAACAAUGAGGCAUUCAUAUCUCCCAUGUCUGUUAUAUGGCAAAACGUUUUGAUCAAUGUGUCUGCACGAAAAAUGAAAUUACCGAUUUAUAUAAUCAGAAAUAAAUGAAACGCACUCCAGGCUUUAUUAAGUGGAUAUUACGUGCCUUUUAACGAAAGAGAGCAGGUUUUCGUGAGGACUUUUGUUAUUUCAUUUUUUUAAAUGACAUUUACAGAUUUCAUAUAAAAAGGUUGCUGCAACAACAAAGACCAUGCAUUCAUAGGAGAGGAGGAUUGCUUGCUACCUUAAGGUGAUAGAGUGAGGCAGCGCGCAGCAUUUGUCCAGACCAGCCCAGGCCCAGGGGUGUGACCAACCGAGCGGAUGCCCUAGACUGUGCGGCAGGGGCGGCAGGCUCAACCAUGACUCGGCUGAUGUUAGGCCGGACCCUGGAGCGCAUCUGCAAGGCUGUCCUGCUGCUCUGCCUGGUGCACUUUGUCAUCAUGAUGAUCCUCUACUUCGACGUCUACAGCCAGCGCUUUGACCAGAUCUUCAACCGCUUCAACAACGGCCGCAACGCCAGCCGCAACGGACACCACUACUACUACAACCUCAGCCGGCCCAACGCCACCUUCGCCAGCUACCUAGCCACUGCAGACCAGCUGCUGCCCAGCGCACGACCUGAGAGAAAUCACACGCCACCAACUACCAAACCUAUACCACCAUGCCCGGAGAUACCACCUGGUCUGGUGGGCCGCCUCCUCAUCGAGUUUGCCUCCCAGAUGACAAUGGAACGAGUGCAGAAGGAGAACCCAAACGUGACGGAGGGGGGCAAGUACACCCCACCAGACUGCCGCGCCAAACAGAAGGUGGCUAUCAUUAUCCCGUUCAGACACAGAGACAACCACCUCAAGUACUGGUUGCACUACCUGCACCCCAUCCUACGACGGCAGAAGAUCGACUACGCCAUCUAUAUCAUCACCCAGCUUGGCGAGGACACCUUCAACAGAGCCAAGCUCCUGAAUGUGGGCUACACCGAGGCCCUGAAGGAUGCAGAGUAUGACUGCUUCAUCUUCAGCGACGUGGACCUCAUCCCUAUGGACGACCGUAACCUCUACCACUGUUACGACCAGCCACGACACUUUGCCAUCGCUAUGGACAAGUUUGGCUUCAGGCUUCCUUAUGCUGGGUACUUUGGCGGGGUUUCCGGGCUGAGCAAAAAACAGUUUCUCAAGAUCAAUGGCUUCCCCAACGAGUACUGGGGCUGGGGAGGAGAAGAUGACGACAUCUAUAACAGGAUCACCCUCAACGGGAUGAAGGUGGUUCGACCGGACGUCCGGAUCGGCCGCUACAGGAUGAUCAAACACGAAAGAGACAAGCACAAUGAACCCAACCCACAAAGAUUCAACAAGAUCCAGAACACCAAGAACACUAUGAAGAGAGACGGGAUCAGCACGUUAACAUACCGCGUACUCCAGUUUAAGAAGUACCCUCUCUACACCAACAUCUCUGUGGAGAUCGGCAAGCCCCCAACCCGGCCUUUCAGGGGCUAGACAGAUAGAGAGCCCCGGCCUUUCAGGGGCUAGACAGAUAGAGAGCCCCGGCCUUUCAGGGGCUAGACAGAUAGAGAGCCCCGGCCUUGACAUGGAGAGGGAAGGAUGGAGGAGGAGGAAGGGAGAUGGGGGAGAGAACUAUAAUACACAGCAGAGAGCCUUCAUCUCCUCCUCUACCUCCCUCAGCCUGACUCAGAUACCCCCCACCGACCUGCGCUAGGAGUCUGCCCUGGCCUCUCACAGCCCAGUCUGUGUGGGGAUACUGGUACACACUCGUUGCCCUCCCACCCUGCCAACGGCUCGACGGUUACGGCAGGCCUACAACAUGGCUGGGACCCUGACUGACUGACUAGCUCCCAGGAAUAGAUGAGGACAGAGGAUAUAUCAGAUUCGAUUCAGAUUCAUUCCCCUGGCGACAGUGCUGCUCUGGAAAUGCACACACUGUACAUGAAACACACAGCAAUAAGUCCAGUGCUACUGGUUUCUCGGUCCUGAUAACACAAAGCAACGGGGCUUCAAGAGGAGUCAUAUUAAAUUGGGGUGCUGAUAUGCUGGGGGUUGGGUUUGGGAUUCUGAGCAGAACCAAGAAGAACUGCCCUGAUCUCUCUGUGAGAAUCUGUCAAUCAGAACACUAUAUCGGCACAAAAUGAAUGUGUACUGUCUGUGCCUGCAUCCAAUGCAGGCUUUCCCCAUUUCCCAUGACGUUGACAAACGGUGCUGGAGGAGAGCAACAAUGUGCACCAACACUUUUUAUUAAGACAAAGAAGUGUGACUUUCUGUGGAGAGAAUCAAGGUUGAGUGAAUAAAGACCUCCUGGUAGUGGAUGGAUAUGGCUAUUCAAGGAACUAGUUUUGACCUGUUUGUGGAGGAGAAAGGUCCAGCAAAUAGAAGAGAAGAUGGACUUCUGGCAUGGUUCUGACAGGUGAUUAUUAGAGACUAUUUUGUUGACGUGUUCUCACGCACAGAGAAGGUUACGCUAGGUGCUGAUGAAAGUGUAAACGUUUGCUGUAUGACAAUGUGUCCCAGACAGUUUUAGAAGAGGAUCAUCUAUUGCUCAAAUACAAGACUCUUUUCUCCACUUUUUUCUUUAAUUUCUAUUUCAAAAUGCCAUCCACGUUUUUGGAAAAGAAAAUGAUAAGGCAUUGAUAACCUAGUGGUUUAAAUUGCGAAUACUGUAAGGACGGUCUAGUAUGGUGAAUAUUUGCAUUGUAGCAUUAAUUUCAUCCAUUCAAAAUCAGAGGCACUGAAGCACUGAGGUGAUAAGAACAGAACUGAAGUUAUUUAUUUAUUGAGUCCCCUCGAAUAAAUGGAAAACCAGCCUACUUAUUGUAAAAAAAUAUAUAAAAUAUAUAAUGGGGUGGCAGUGUAGCCUAGUGGUUAGAGCAUUGGACUAGUAACCGAAAGGUUGCAAGUUCAAAUCCCCGAGCUGACAAGGUACAAAAUCUGUCGUUCUGCCCCUGAACAGGCAGUUAACCCACUGUUCCUAGGCCGUCAUUGAAAAUAAGAAUUUGUUCUUAACUGACUUGCCUAGUAAAAUAAAGGUAAAAAAAAAAUAAUAAUAAUAAUUCGCUAUUAACACCACCAAUAUAUAAAAGCCUUUUAACGUCAGUAAGCUUUUUCUUCUCUCAUGUUCUUCUCCUUGUCCUUUGUGUACUGCCUAAACACCAAACUGAUGCCUUUAGAAUUGUUAUGAGGGGCAAAGAUAAGGAAUGCUGCAUUCUGUUGUGUGAAGUGAUGUGGAAAUCUCUCUUUUGUACUAUCAAUGCUUUUCUUGGCCUGGCUUGAGACAGUGAGUAUUUAGAGAUGCCCCAACCAACCCGUUUCCCCUCUGUUUAUUUUAAAGAGCCUUUUCAAGUGCAUUGAGUGCAUUUCCCUUCUUUUUUUAAGUUUUUUUACAACACCCUCCAUUUCCUUUCAUUUCACUCCCUGGCUCUACCAUCCCUCUCUCUGUGUGUGUCUGUGUGAACACCACAGUGUGUUUCUGUACUUGACCAUCUGAUGAAUACACAGACAGCUGUGUCUGAAGCACACUGCUCCUCUAUAGAAAUAUCAGGAGGACUUCAAAAAUCAUUACUCUUCUCUCUCUCUCUCUCUCUAUCUCAUUCUGCUGCCUUUUCAUUUUUGAGUGCACUACUACUGGUGUGAGAGCACCUCGCAAAGAGAAUACUCUACUUCUCAUUCUACACUGGAGACCAAUGUACUUUUACGCUACUGUAUUCUGGAUGUCAUUACUUCUGUCAAAUGGGUGAAUGCUGUGUAUGUACUGCUUUCUGAUGGCUGUGGACCAUAGGAGUUUGACAUAUUACUGCCGAUGGUCCCAGUACAGUAUGAUUCAUCAUCCUGCCAAGCUCCUGCUUUUAUGUUCCAUGUUGAGGGAAUCAUUCUCCUAAAGGCUAAAUAUACUACUUGGAACUGUGGGAAGAAGCUUUUAUAUAUAGCUAGCAUCAUUACCUAAAAUCUGCUUAGCAGAAUGAGCUUACUACUGAUGCAGUAGCACACAACCCUGAAAAUAUUUGGUACUGAAGUUUUAGUCAAUGGUUUCAUUAAAUGAAAUGCUUUGAUAAAAACAAUGUUUUUGCCAGUGAUUGUCAAAUCGGCUGGUUAGGUCUACAGACUGGGCUUUUCAUCAGAACUCCAGUCAAAGAUCUUACUGUACAAUUGGUGGAUAUUUGGUUUACUGUAGAGUAGACUACAGGAUGUGAUUUCUGUACAUAUCAGACUUGUCUCAGACAUCAAGUGCUAGAUAUCAUGUAUUACAGGUGCAUGAACAGGCAUUACCAUAUCAUUUGUGUUGUGAACAGAGAAAACGUCCAAUAGAACUCAGUCUGUUCUGUUAACUUGAUAUCUACGUGGAGAUCAUUCCCAAGUAUGCUAGUACAGGAAUAAUCCAUCCUAUUGGUACUAUUAUAUCCAUUUAGUCAUAAAUCAUAUUGGUAUAUCCAUCGUAUUAUCUUGGUUGGCCUAUUGGCUAUAUUCUGCCCCACUACCCCACUUAUAGUGACUGUGGUGUCACAUUGUAGGUAUUGUAUAAUACAGAUUUGAUAUGAUGGUAUUGACAGGGGGACCUUUCAGCACAAGCUUAGAGGUUUCCUGCCCAGGACUGUGUCUCUCCCACACAGCUCGCCAGCUAUAAACCAGUGAUAAAGCACCGCUCCUCGUUUGCGUCCCAAAUUGCACCCUAUUCCCUAUCUAGUGCACUACUUUUGACCAGGGCCCUUAUAGGAAAGUGGGUGGCAUAUGGGAUGUAUCCCUCUGCACCCUCCCUCCCCACAGUCAACUAUUAUUGUGUUCAAUUUUGUCCUGGAAAUUGAUAAUUGCUGGGCAUCAGCUUUCUUCAUUGACCAUUGUGUUUGAUGCAUCCUUGAAUAAGAAAAGCAGACAGGUGGCAUACUAAGGUAUUGUCCACCCUCUGGAGUGUGUCUGAAGUUCUCUUCAUCCAUCUGUUGGCAGACACCCCUUCUACUUAUACGUUUCAACCUAAUGCCCAUUAAGCAAUAUUCUCCCUCACUGUCAGAGCAGUCAUUUCAAGGAAGUGGUGGGUAACUGAAAGAGAAACAGGAUAGGAUGAGGGCAUUGGAGAGCAUCACCUACUGACUGCCUCGGGCCUUCAAGCUGGAGUGCAUUUUUAAAGAUGUACUGUAUCUAGGUUUUGUACAUUGAAUGUUGAAAAUGUUACAUCUUAUAUAGAAUGCAUAAUGUUAUAUCAAACCAACCUUUUCUAUACAAUCAAUAAAUCUAAUGGUAAA